UGCGUCACACCGCCCCCCCCUGCAGCCGCACGGCAUUGUGGGACACAAACAAACUGAUGCGUUCUAUACUCCCCUCCUUCGCCCCCCGCCACAGAGAAGUGGAAGAUUCCGAGCGCUUGGGCCUGUGCGGCGGCCGCUCACACACACGUAGGCAGAGUUUGCCGGUUGGCGGCGCGCACCAACUGCACAGCGGCAGAGGGGUGGACCGGGAGGAGGGGGAGGAAGGCGGCGGCAAUCAGGCGCCAGAGGCUCCGGCGAAGCGUACGAGGGAACCGGGGCUGCGGCCUGUGAGGCGGAAAGUGCGCUGGACGCCUGGAGGGUCGUACGGAGUCUAAGCUGGCAGAUUCGGAGCUAUUGCACCUGUUUCUUAAAAGGAGAAAAAAACAUCUCUCCAAGAACUACAGGAUGGGGGUUAAGACGUUUACUCACAGCUCCCCGGCCCACAGCCAGGAGAUGUUGGGGAAGCUGAACAUGUUGCGUAACGAUGGGCACUUCUGUGACAUCACCAUACGGGUGCAGGACAAGAUCUUCCGAGCCCACAAGGUGGUACUGGCAGCGUGCAGUGAGUUUUUCCGUACCAAACUGGUGGGCCAGUCUGAAGAGAGCACUCAGUGCGUCCUGGACCUGCAUCACGUCACAGUCACCGGGUUCAUCCCUCUCCUGGAGUACGCCUACACUGCAACCUUGUCCAUCAACACAGAAAACAUUAUCGAUGUAUUGGCUGCGGCGAGCUAUAUGCAGAUGUUCAGCGUGGCCAGCACCUGCUCAGAGUUCAUGAAGUCCAGCAUCCUGUGGAACACACAGCAAGAGAAGGUGCUGGACACUGGGCAGGAGAACCCGGGCAACUGCAACAACUUUCGAGAUGGCAGCCUCUCCCCAGUAUCCUCAGAGUGCAGCAUGGUUGAGAGGACCAUUCCCAUUUGUCGAGAGUCUCGGCGCAAGCGCAAAAGCUACAUAGUCAUGUCGCCGGAGAGCCCACUAAAGUGCAGCACACAGACAAGUUCUCCGCAAGUGUUAAACCCCACACCUUCUUACACCGAGACCAGGAGUCAGCCCGUGGACUCGUCUCAUGCCUUCCCCUGGACUUUCCCCUUUGGCAUCGAUCGGAGGCUGCAGUCCGACAAGGUGAAGCAGAUAGAGUCCAGGACAUUAGAACUUCCCGGCCCUUCCGAAGUUGCCAGGAGGGUGACAGAUUAUGUGCCGUGUGAAAGCACGAAAGUCAGCUCACCCUUGGUGAUGGAAGAUGACGUCCGAGUCAAGGUGGAAAGGUUGAGUGAUGAGGAGGUGCACGAGGAGGUGUCACAGCCGGUCAGCGCAUCUCAGAGUUCAAUGAGUGAUCAGCAGACCGUUCCCGGGAGCGAGCAAGUGCAGGAGGAUCUAUUGAUUAGCCCACAGUCGUCUUCCAUAGGUUCCAUCGAUGAGGGUGUCGGGGAGGGAAUGCCCACACUCCAGGGAACGGCCAGCGCCAAUGUCCAUGCAGAUGAUGAUGACCGAUUAGAAAAUGUCCAGUAUCCCUACCAGCUAUACCUGACUCCUUCCACAAGCAGCACAGAACGGCCUAGUCCCAAUGGGCCAGACAGACCUUUCCAGUGCCCCACCUGCGGAGUGCGCUUCACCCGGAUCCAGAACCUGAAGCAGCACAUGCUCAUACAUUCUGGAAUUAAACCAUUUCAAUGUGAUCGCUGUGGGAAAAAAUUCACUCGGGCUUACUCCCUAAAGAUGCAUCGGCUGAAACACGAAGGUAAACGCUGUUUCCGGUGCCAGAUUUGUAGUGCCACAUUCACUUCCUUCGGGGAAUACAAACACCACAUGCGGGUUUCCCGGCACAUUAUCCGCAAGCCUCGGAUAUACGAGUGCAAAACAUGCGGCGCCAUGUUCACCAACUCUGGAAAUUUAAUCGUGCACCUGAGGAGCCUGAACCACGAAGCGUCAGAGCUAGCAAACUACUUCCAGAGCAGCGAUUUCCUAGUGCCGGAUUACUUGAGCCAGGAGCAGGAAGAGGCCCUUGGGCAGUACGAGCUGGCAGAACACAGCUUUGAAAGCAACUCCUCUGUCCAAAUGCCUGUCAUCUCCCAGGUCUCCUCCACACAGAACUGCGAGAGCACCUUUCCCCUGGGCUCCCUCAGUGGCCUUGCCGAGAAAGAGGAAGAGGAUGAAAUGGCCGAGCCUGCAAAGGUCAGCCCUAUGGAAGAAACCAGCAGAGAUGACACCCCGAAAACAGAGGUGGCCUCCAUUGCUGUUGAAUAGCCGAUGUCUGGAAAUAUCUGCCCUUUAUCUAGACUUUUUUUUUUUCUUUCCUUUUUUUUUUUUUUUAGAAUUUUUUUUUUUUUUCCUACGUUGGGAAAUGCCUGUGUUUGGUCAAUUUUAUUUUACUUUAUAUUUUCUGAGGAGAGUAAGUGAGGCCCCUGAGGCUGUUAGCGGGGUGCUCGCCAUGUUCUUCUCCUAGUUUUCAUUGAUGAACCGAGGACAGCCGCUUCCUCCACUGGCAGAAAGCUGGAAUCUUCACCCAUUUAUCGGAGUAACCUUUGCCUUUCAUUUUACGCUUGGUCACUUCAACAGAAUAUAUCCUAUUGACCUGCUGGUCAGUCCUUUAAUUACAUCUUCAUUUGUGUGGCCAGCUGAAGGAUGGUGCAGCGGAGGCUGCUUUACUGAAGUGACCGCACCCUUCAGUGACUGCCUCUGGUGGCGUUGUAUCAUCUCGUCCAGAGACGAGAGGGACUGGCUAGAAGAGACCACUCAUGACGGUAUAUACAUUGGAUUAGCGUGUGCAUUGCUGCAGGAAUCCUCUAUUUCUCGUGUUACAGGCGACACUGAUUGCUCCAGAACUUUCUCUUCAUCAUAGGAAGUAUGAAAUUCUUUUUUUUUUUUUUAAACGUAAUUUGUGUUACAUGAUUGGAGUGUAUUUUAAUGUGAAGAGUGACCUGUAUUGUCUCGGUGUGGACUGUCGCAGCACUGGUACACAGAUUUAACUCCACUGUCCACGCUCUCAAUGUGUUUUAAUUUCAGCCAACUUGUAGACCAAAUGUAAUCACCAGCAAAGAGAAGUGUACAAAUCAUCUCCUAAUUAAUGGAUCAGCUUGAUUCAGCUUAUUACGUUACCCCCAAGAGUUCUAAAGACAUUUCGCUUGAUUAGUAUAAUUUUACGGUUCUAAACUCGGCAAGCACAAAAUCUUCUAGAUUAGCUGAACUAAGCAAAGAUCUAAUUGGUUAACGUUUUACUGACAGUACUGCUGUUGUUGCUUUCUAUUGACACUAUUACAUGUGUUCUCUUUUUAUUUACUAACCUUUUUAUUGUAUCUAAAACUGCUAAUUCUCCUACUUUCCAGGAGGUUAUUAUUAUAUAUAUAUAUUAUUCUCUCUUUUUUUUGUUUGUAAGCCUUUAUGUCUGACGUACGGAUUUUCUGGACCCAAUGGAAAUUGGGAGCUGGUUUCUGUGGCUGUUGGUAUAUUGCAUAAGGUGACUGCCCGAGUAAGAAAGGAAAAAGGAAUGUGGUAUUUCUGCUCAGGGAAAGCCACCGGUAGAUAAUAAGCUAAUAACGUGGAACAUCAGGACCUGUCGCGUGAAACGGUCUGUAGGAAGUUCUCCUGCUAAUGAGAUGACAAAACUUACAGCUUGUCCAACAUUUAUGCCAAUUACUGUAGCGGUUCGUUCGCAAAAUUUCAUGUCGUAGCCAAAUCUAGAACUGUGAAAGUGGCACUAGUCCCAAGACAGAUAGCACCAUUAUAUAAUAUAUAUGAUAUAUCAUUCCGACAAAGUCUGGCAAAGAGGAAUGCUAAGAUUUCAUAGGCAAUUGUACCUAUCACACUGGUGCUUUGGGUACCAUGUUACAGCAGUGAUAACAAUUGACAGUUGAUAACAUACUACGGGGGACAUUUAAUAAGCAGUGAUAAGAGCGGAGAAGUGAGCCAGUGGAGAAGUGCCCAUGGCAACCAAUCAGCACUGAAGUAACAUCUAUAAUUUGCAUACUAUAAAAUGAUACAGAGCUGCUGAUUGGUUGAUGGGGCCACUUCUCCACUGGCUCGCUUCUCCGCUCUUAUCACUGCUUAGUAAAUGUCCCCCUAAAUUACCGGGAGUUAACUGGACGUUUUCCAUCUGGGAUUUUGUAGUUGGUACAAUGUAAAAGAUGGAGGGAAAUAUGAGGAAUAUGAAUAGAUUGCAUGCCACAGGUCUAGAAAGUUGUUGGACCGCUCUGUUCCAGGUCCCGAUGACUUAUUUGUUCCCCAGGGCAGUGGGCUUCAAACUCAACCCUCAAGUCUUCCCAACAGGUCAUGUUUUAAGGAUUUCUGUCUGUGGAAGCAGGUUGGAGGAUUACUGUCCCAGUGAAAUAGAUUAACUCACCAUGAUUAAAGGAAAUCCACACAACAUGACCUGUUGUGGGAGAACUUGAGGACUGGACUUGAGAACCCCUACCCUAGAGAAAUCCCAAAUAUCACGGUAAGUCUUGUUUUGGGACUAGCUGUGCCAGCUAUACACGGUUUAUGCCUGGAAUCGGUUACUUCUUCCUCCCCUUGCAUUAGGUGUUUCAUGGGCACAGAAGUGGAUGCUGCUGCUAUUACAUGUAACAGAUCAGUGUGCGGGUGGGAAAUGAGGAUAUGAGAGAAUUUGGCAGACAGGUGCACCCUCGGGAUUCUGCAACACCUGGUUUUAAUGCUUAUAAACAACGUGUGGGGUUUGUUCAAAUUGGCCAGAGUCUCACGACUGGGUGCGGCUUGAGCUGAGUGCUUGCUGGAAUUUUGUUUUCAGAUGAACCUUCUGAGAAUCUAAGAACAAGACCUUAUUUAGUCUAGCACAGUUAGCACUGCUAAAUGGAUAAUCAUCACUACACUACAAAGAGUACCGUCACACUGUCUUCCAGUGUGUCCACCAUCUGUGCUAUUGCUAACACUGGCAGCAGAUGGCGCCGUACCUUGGGCAACAUAGCCUUCUCAUUGACUGCGCCUUUUGCGGUGACGCCUCUGCAUUACCGCAACACCCCCCCCCCCCCUGCUGCACCCAAUGGUGUAAACAUGCACCGAAUUGUAUCUGUAAAGGUACUACAACAUGAAAACACUUGUAUAAGGAAUAAAAGGUACUAUAUAAAUAAUGUACAUAUAUAUUUACAAGUCAUUGCUCAUGUUACUGCUUACUUCCCCCACCCAUAGCCAGCAGCAAAACCCCAAUUCUAACUUAUGUGUUAGUAUAACAAAGACCAUACCACAUAUCUUCCUCGACCUCUGCUAGUGCUAGCGAACACUCGUGCCGUGACAAGCUAAACCCCUUUGUUUUACAAAUGAGCUUUUUCUUUUCCCCUGUGUGUCUCCUACCCCAAUAACGAAAGCAAACGGGCACCUCUCUGCCCAGUUAUCAUUUAUUUAGAAAGCGCUGACUUUUUCAUGUGUUACAAGGACAGGCGUUGGUCGAGAACUCAUAAAUUAUUCUGCACUGCGGUGGCAGCAAAGCACCGACACGUAGUACAUCGUAGUCAUGGUAACAGUCCACGCUUCUUUAGAAAACUGUCAUUGUUGUUCCCGGCGUCACACUGAAAAGCGGGCAAAAGGAUUUAGGGCCACGCAGUGGGACUGAUGCUUAGUAACAAAGCGCAGAUAUAUAGCAGCCAGUCUAACAAAAUCAGGUUGUAGUGAAUAAGCCCAGUGUCCGUUAUAGAGGCACAGCCGGCAGUUACGCCACCUACUGGUGGUGCCUAGUCUCUGCAUGCCAAGCACAUGGAUCUCCGAGUAAUAAUACAUAUUACACAGCACAAUGUAACGGAAUAAUGUCAGAGGGUAGUACCAGCUGUCACGUCGGGAUUUAGGUGCCCCUUUGGGGUGACUAAAGUUAGCAAUUUUAACUUUUUAUUUUUAAUUUAAAUGUUUUUAUUGCUUUUCUUACAAGGCUGGAUGAAGCUCCGCUCUAGUUCCAAUGAUUACACUAUCACAUCACCAUGCAUUAAGUUCCUCAGCUGUGGGACGCCUGUGUUUAAUGCUGCUUUACAGAGUAUUCAGGGUGACGCACUUUGUGUAUUCGCCCUGCAUAUCUGCAUAUUUGUCCUCCCCUCGGGACAUUGGCUGAUGGGUUUGGUAAUAAUGAGCUGUAUGUAUUGAUCACCGGUGUGUAGAACACGAGUGCCCGGUUGUGCAGCCUCCACGACGUGAGUUUCACCAGAACACUUGUGAGCAGUGGCUUUUAUGACAGUGGCACCAUCGUGAUUUAGUAUGGUUAAAUUUACUAAAAUCUUUCACGUGAAUUCUCACUUCUGCGUUACAUCCUUGCAUACUUACUAUUCUGUACAUCUGAUAACCACCUGCAGACAUUAGUAAAUAUCCUGGAACGCCCAGUGAGGCAGAUGGAGAGUGUUUCUCAGACGUGUAUUGUCUCCCUAGAGCGGCUACCAAACUAAGAGCAUGGACGGGAGCUGUCUGGGCGGCAGAGAGGCGGAGACAUCUGCAUAUACACACCGAGUACCGCGCACAACACCGGAAACAAUUGCAGCGACAGGCUUUCAGAUAUCAUGGCGGAAGGCACAUUCAUUCCAGCAGUAUUCUCCACCCUGCAUGUAGCUGCGACCAUUCCUUACACAGUGGGGGUCAUUCCGAGUUGUUCGCUCGCAAGCUGCUUUUAGCAGCUUUGCACACGCUAAGCCGCCGCCUACUGGGAGUGAAUCUUAGCUUAUCAAAAUUGCGAAUGAAAGAUUAGCAGAAUUGCGAAUAGACACUUCUUAGCAGUUUCUGAGUAGCUCCAGACUUACUCGGCAUCUGCGAUCAGUUCAGUGCUUGUCGUUCCUGGUUUGACGUCACAAACACACCCAGCGUUCGCCCAGACACUCCUCCGUUUCUCCUGCCACUCCCGCGUUUUUCCCAGAAACGGUAGCGUUUUUUCACACACACCCAUAAAACGGCCAGUUUCCGCCCAGAAACACUCACUUCCUGUCAAUCCCACUACGAUCACCAGAACGAAGAAAAAACCUCGUAAUGCCGUGAGUAAAAUACCUAACUGCAUAGCAAAUUUACUUGGCGCAGUCGCAGUGCGAACAUUGCGCAUGCGCAUUAGUGACUAAUCUCUCCGUUGCGAGAAAAAAAUAACGAGCGAACAACUCGGAAUGACCCCCAUUGUGCAAGUGAAAGCUGGCCCCUGAUUGGUUGCUUGCAACUACAGCACACUUGUAUGUGUUGCAGCAUGUGCUGACCUUGUGUCCAGUCCAUGAGUAAGACCCAGACGCCAUACAGGAGAGCCCAUGUACAUCAAGGUAUACCGAGUGUCUCCGUCACACAUUCCUGUGCAGAACAAUAAGGGUUGCACAAGUCCUUCUGCGGAGUGUGUGUGUGUGUGUGUGUUUUUUCUGUAACUAUAGGCAAUGAGGUGUGGUGCACACUCAGCUGCAUCUUCACUUGCUACGGAAGGGGCGUGGCUGGGUUGUAACAAGGCGAGCUCGCGUAGGCGUGUCGCCGGAAUUUCAGAUUAAGCACGCGCGUGUUCGCUUUUGCACCAGUGACGGUAAUCUUUGGGACUCUGAUGUACGCGCAGCACUUCAAAUAUCUGCAUUGCGUGCAUUUAGCGUCCGACUCACAAUCAGGCCCAUUAUGUGGAUGUAGUUUAAGCACAGGUGCCACAUUUGUGUAAACGUUAUAGAUUGGGGUUAAGCCACGUCUGGAAGAGGCGUAUUUUCAUUCUGCCAACUAUACCAUCCCUCAUCCUGACCUAAAAGAAGUCACACUCCUCCCCUUUGACGGUCACACACGGGGGGCCGGGAGUUAGUAAUUGGGAGUGUUCCUGCUUUAUAAACAUUUUUACAUUUCCCUUCAAGCCCAUGAUUCUUGGUGAACUGUCCUAAUGUAACUUAUACAAUUCAGUUGUUGGGUUUCCCCAAUGCCUCUGAUCUAAUUUUAAACACCUAGCAUGUAUAUUAAUCUGUUGGCAAAGAUAGCUUUCUUUUUGUUUAAAUGUACACAAUGUUUAACAAAAAAAGUACACAUUUUAUAUACUUGUAUCUGGCUUUUAACAUUUUUAUAGUACCCCAUUGUUCUUGGUGGCGACAAUAUCUAUUUUUGUGCCCAUUUUUGGAAAACAAGUGCCGUUUUGGAAAUGUUACGAUUAUUUCUACAGUUCUUGUAAUCAAUGUGAAGGUCACAGUUGUUACUUUUAUUGUCCUUUUGUUUUCCGAUCUGUUCCUUGAGCCCGUGGCUGUAAGCUUUUGAUGUUUUCAAAAUGUCUGAGAGGGGUAGAGCCAAACUGCACGUCGCGUGGUCAUUUCCCUUUUACGCCUGGGGUAGACAAAUGAAAAAGAAUGAUACAAAAAAGUUAAAGAAAUAGUUUAUCAACUUCUUUCAGCUUUACCACCGUGAUGAGGCCAUAUGCUGUGUACGUCGCUAUGGUCAGUGUAACACAGCCGAGACGGACGGCUGCCCUUUUCCGGCUAGGGCAGAGAAUAAUACAAUAGCCACUGUUGUGAUGCAGCCAAGGAUUGAGGUGUUAUUUCUGAAUAAACCAGCAUGAAAACAAGACUUUACAUUGACCCUGUGUUAUUAAGUCUAGCGUUUGAGCCUAAGCUCCUCUGGUUGCUUCACUCCCAAAUUAUUUCAAUUAAAAAUACAAUUUAUUCCUAAUUAAUUGAUGCUGAUUGUUGCCACUUCCUGGAGUAGUUACUGAUAUUUGACUGCUGCCUGAAAUAGACAGUUGGAAGAUCCAGACAUGCUUGAUGCUGCCGUUUGACGAGCAUGUUGUGACUAUCUGACGCUCCUUCUCAACAUCCGUAGCAUGGAAAUAGUCAUUGCAGUACGCCGUUUGUUUUCGGUGCUUACAGAUGUUGCUAAGGAGUGUCCUCUGUUUACAGCAGUCAACUUGAGUCUUCAACUGCUGAUUUCAGACAGAUGUCAAGCAUCCGUUGUUACUUCAUUCAUUUUUGAUAACCUUGCAUAACCAGUUUAAUUAGACAAAAUACUUUUUGUCUUCUGAGUGGAGCCAACCUUUAAGUUGGACCAGUCACCUACACACGGUGGAAGCAGCAAUUCUGUGCAUGGAACCACGAUGCGUGAGAGUGCAGACUUUGGGACUCGUGGCGUGAUUCAGAGGUGGCCGCAGUUGUAUCCGCUGUUGCCACUGUGGUAAUAUGCAAAUGCUAGUUUUAGCCCUUCCCUUGUGUACAUGCGCUAAAGUGUAAACCCUGAGGCAGCCACAUUCAGUGAUCAUGGAUGGUGUAAAUCCAUCUGCCCAUCAUCGUUCUCACCACUGACUGUUGCAGCAGUAGUUUGCCGGUGCAGGGGGCAUGAUCCAGAUGUGGUUGGAGGAGCUUAUUGCAGCAGGGUCUUCAGGUUGCCGGCUGUCGGGAUCCCGACGCACAGUAUACCGGCGCCGGAAUCCCGACAGGCCGGCAUAUCGACACUUUUCGACCACUCUGGAGGGAGAAUAGAUAGCGUAGCGCGUCACCGUGCCCGCAGUGUGGCGAGCGCAGCAAGCCCACAAGGGGCUCAUUUGCGCUCGCCAUGCUGUCGGUAUGCCGGCGGUCAGGCUUCCGGCGCCGGUAUGCUUGUCGCCGGGAGCCCGACCGCCGUCAUACCCUACUACACCCUUGCAGCAGCGAUAGUUCUAAUAUGGUAAUGCUGCAUGCAUUACUGAUCCGAGCUGCAUCCUAGUACACAUGCGCAAAGUACCAAACACAGAUUGCAGUAUGCGCCGUUGCAGUGUCGGGACCUUAAUCAGGCCCAGUGUUGUCUUCUGAAUUCCAGCUAACAUGGCCUCUGUGGCAAUGACUUACCAUGACACACCCAUAAAAAGGCCUUUUUUUGCGUUUAUUUAAUGACAGCGAUCCCGUGUGCAACAGCAUUCGAUGUCCUACAGUCAGGGAAACGCAUGCGCCAGAGGGGUUGUGCUUGUAGCAAACAUCGGGACUGCGUCCACCUCUGUGUCAAUAUAUACACCCACAAAAUUGUCUGCUUCUACUUGUGUACAGGAUGGGGUCACUUGCAUUUCUUCUAAUGUUCCGCACAUGUCUUAGUACUGCGUGCACUACAGUCUGUAAAUCCUGUCUUUCCUGUAUAAAUGAGCAUUCUACAGUAAGUCUUUAUUACAGGUAAUCAUCGGCUGCAGAAAUGAACUGGAAUGGUGGCUGGUUCCCUCGCUUUGCGUUUUGUGUCUGGUUUGCUCAGAAACCUCAUAUUCAUUUAAAACCUGGAGACUUGUCGGCUGGGAGACUGACCUGAUGCAGCUGCUCUGCAAAGGCUUAACGUUCUCCGUGUGACGCAGAUGCACUUUUAUAAUCAGGGCUUCAAUUAAGUACAAGAAGCAGAUCCGCUUCAAGCAGAAUAGAUCUUGUAUCAAGUAUCCUAAAAAUUAUAAGAUUAGUUUCUGCGCACUAGAUCCAUGCUACCCUAUUGUUGAUCCAGGACCAAGUUUGGCUUCACCCCUGUUGUGUAAUGUAUAUACUCUGUAUAGCUACAUUGUAUGGAAUACCUAGCUUGUUUGAUAUAAGAGAAGUAUGUAUUGGGUACAUUUUGCUAACCUGGUUGUUUUAAUCUAAAAAAACAAAACACACAAAAAAAAAAAUGUUUGAAAAUGCUGAAAGGAUUUCAGUUCUCAUCUGGUUCUGUCAUAGGUCAAAUUAAGGACAAAAAAGUUAGUUUUGAGUGUCUUUGGAUAGGAACAUGAUGCUAAGAUUUUUCAUUAAAAUAUAUUAUUAUUAAUGUUU